UCCCGGCUCCGCCAUCCUCGGCCGGUCCUCCCGCCCGCCCCGUCCGGGCAGCGCCGCACCGCACCGCACCGAGCCGCGCCGCUUCCCCGCGCCGUGGCCAUGGAGUACACGCCGCCCCCCAAGCCGCAGCUCUCCUCCCGGGCCAACGCCUUCUCCAUCGCCGCCCUCAUGUCGAGCGGCAGCUCCAAGGACAAGGAGUCUCCCGAGAGCACCAUCAAGCCUCUGGAACAAUUCGUUGAGAAAUCCUCUUGCGCCCAGCCUUUGAGCGAUUUAUCCAGCCUGGAUCCUCACGGGGAUUUUAGCAGCAGCCCUUCUUCCCUGUGCACCGAGCCCCUCAUCCCCACCACCCCCAUCAUCCCCAGCGAGGAGAUGGCCAAAAUCUCCUGCAGCCUGGAAACCAAAGAGCUCUGGGACAAGUUUCACGARCUGGGUACCGAGAUGAUCAUCACGAAAUCCGGGAGGAGAAUGUUUCCUACGAUCAGGGUUUCCUUCUCGGGAGUGGAUCCCGAGGCCAAGUAUAUUGUGUUAAUGGAUAUAGUUCCCGUGGACAAUAAAAGAUAUAGAUAUGCCUACCACAGGUCUUCCUGGUUAGUCGCUGGAAAAGCUGACCCUCCUCUCCCUGCAAGGUUGUAUGUCCAUCCUGACUCCCCAUUCACAGGCGAGCAACUGCUGAAACAGAUGGUGUCCUUUGAAAAAGUCAAACUCACCAACAAUGAACUGGAUCAGCAUGGCCAUAUCAUUUUGAACUCCAUGCACAAGUACCAGCCAAGGGUCCACAUCAUUAAGAAGAAGGACCACACAGCUUCUUUGUUAAACCUGAAAUCAGAAGAGUUCAGGACAUUCAUCUUUCCAGAGACAGUUUUUACUGCUGUCACUGCCUACCAGAAUCAGUUGAUAACCAAGCUGAAAAUUGACAGCAACCCUUUUGCUAAAGGAUUCCGUGACUCUUCCAGACUCACUGAUAUCGAGAGAGAAAGUGUGGAGAGCCUUAUCCAAAAGCAUUCCUAUGCCCGAUCCCCCAUUCGCACCUAUGGAGGAGAAGAUGAUCUUGGAGAUGACAGCCAGGCAACACAAAGCAGAGGGUCAGCCUUUACAACAUCUGAUAACCUGUCCCUCAGUUCCUGGGUUUCCUCUUCAACCAGUUUCCCAGGGUUUCAGCAUCCRCAGUCUUUGAGUGCCCUGGGUACCAGCACUGCAUCCAUAGCGACACCCAUUCCUCAUCCGAUCCAAGGAUCUCUGCCUCCGUACAGCCGCCUGGGAAUGCCUCUUACACCCUCUGCCAUAGCCAGCUCCAUGCAGGGUAGCGGCCCCACUUUCCCAUCCUUCCACAUGCCAAGGUACCACCAUUAUUUCCAGCAGGGUCCUUAUGCAGCUAUCCAAGGACUGCGUCACUCUUCCGCAGUGAUGACACCGUUUGUAUGAGUGACGUAAGACAAGAGGAACACAACAUUUUAAAUCUGCGAGUUUGCUAUGAAAAACACCAGGGACCUUCCUGAAAGGCCUGUGGCUGGAGUGCUGAACUCGUAAGAAACCAGCCAAGAAAAUGCGUUGUGGAUAUAGAUUCCUCUUUUGAGGGAUCACAAGAAGAGGGCAUGCAGCUUAGAGCUGCUCACAGAUCUAUGUGUAACACAGCCAAAACGGAUCCCAAAGUCCCCAGGAUCUUUGGCCACGUGCAGCUUGUUCCAAAGGUGCCUGGUGGAAAGAGAUUAUCUUUAAGCAGCAGUGUACAAAUUAAUUGUCUAUAGGUCUUUUUUUCAUAUGCUAGAUGAAUUCUGAAAAAGGCAAUACUCUUACCCAUCUUCAUCUCUUCUUGUGACUGAUGAGCAUCUAAACAGAAAAAUGUAUUGCUAUAACUUUGAGCAUGUUUUAGGCUAUCUCAGCAUACAUUUGCUGAAAACGGGACAAAGUGGAGAUGACCACUGUCCUUUUUAAGACUGGCUUAUAUUCACCAAAACCAGUAUUYCUUAGUUGCUACUAUAAUCACAAAGAGACCAUUAUUAACAAGUCUUUCUUUCUUUGUUUCUUUCACAAAAUACUUAUGGGUUCAAAAAAGAGAACUGUGUUACAGGACUGUAGUAGUAAUGUGUAACGGUAACGUAUUCUGUCCUUCAGCCUAAAAAGUUUGUCCUAUAUACUAGGAGGAGCAAUUUAACUGUCAGUUAAGGUCUAAUGAAGAAAAAUUUUGAUUUAGAAAUAUCUGUUACUUAAACGCUGAGACGCAAGAUAUCAAAUUUUAAAACAGUGCUUGUUUGCUGCCGUGCUUGCCACUGAAGACCUGUUUCUAGCUGCACAWGUGUAGCAAGUUAACCAAAUUUCAGGCUAGAUCAAUCUAUAGACUCUCUGGAUCAAACUAUAAUUAAUGGAUUGGUAUGAGAGGCAUUGGAGUAUCUUUCUAAUUGUUAUGAUUUUCCUGGGUUUGGUCAUGGCUGUUAUUAUACGAGCUCCUUGGGCAGGAAAAGAGGGUUGUACCAACAGUUUUUCCAUGUCCCACUAGAAUGGUGGAGUUUCCUUAGAAAAAUGUCAGUACAGACCUUCACACAUUUUUUUUUUUAAAUUCAUGUCUGACUUCUUUUCUGCUAGUAUUUGGGGUUCUCAUUCAAAGUACUGUCCACUUUUUGUAGUAUGUUGUGUCUGAUACAACAGAGGUAUAAAAUAAUGACCUGCAGAGGGCUAGCACAGAUCCUUUGCACUGCUGGAAAGAGCACCAGUGUGACAUUGGUUUCUGUGUGGCAAGAGGUGGGAUCUCACUGUAAAUAAUAAGUAGAAACAGAGUUUCUGUGUCAAGUUGCAUCCAAGCUACAGAUGAUAACACAUCUGCUGACAAAACGAGCUAGCAUAUAUUACAGAUCUCUGCAGAGGUGGAACACAAAACAGGAAACAAACUUAUUUCCCAAUCUUCUCCUCUACUUUUGACCAUUCUGUAUUGGUGUCAUUGGUAAAAAGUAGAGUGCAGUACACUGAGUACCUACUCCCAGGCAAGUCACAUGCCCGUAUCUGUCYCAUGCCUUGUUUCACACGCCCCAUCACACAGAGCAACAACAACCUUCCAGGCUUUUCCCAGUUUCUGCUGUAGGACAGUGCUUGCAUCCCACAGACAAAGACCAUCUUUAACUAUUUUCCAGCAGUUGAAUUAAAAACCUUCUUGAAUUGGCCAUUUCAAUCACCUUUUUAACCCAGUUAUCUGCAUUAUCACCCCAAUUCCCCUUUAAUCACUGUAGUAUCUGCUAACAAAAAAUGACCUGGGCCAAUUUGCAAAUCCUGUGUUCCGUAUGUAAACAAAAAGUAACAUUAACUUACAAUUUCUGGGUUCAGACCUGCUACAAGGAGUUCCAUAAAUUAAUAUAACAGGCCAAGCUCUGCAGUAUUUACACGGCUAAUAUUUGGCGUACCCAAAUAUUAGAUUUUGCUCCAGGCUAUCAGAUUCACUGGAAAACUGCAUGUUGYGAGGUUGUGUCUACUUAUAACUGGUUUUGCUAUGAACUCCCUAUUUUUCAGGAAAUUAGGUGAUACUGACUCCACAAGAAUGUAAUUGUUUGAGUACAUAUGACUCUACAGAAAGAAUAAUUACAGAWSAGUUUUGGAAGAAAGUUUUCUCUUCAGUUGCUUCUGUUAGAGUUGUAUGAAGACCUUAGGAAGACAUGCACCAUGCACUGCAGGGAAGUUCUGUUUAUCUGGUUCCUUCUGCAGGUCCAUUAACUUACCUGGAGUUGCAGUGGAUAUGGCUGGGGUCAGAAUUCAAGCCAGUAGCUUUACUGCUGAUACUUUCCAUCAGGAAAGGAUCAGGCGAGUAGGCAGAUUUUACAUGACUCCAGACACAAGUGUGAAACAGGUGGGCUGAUUUAGGCAUGGUCAAGACGUGACAUGAAGGCUGCUCAUACAUGACCUUCCUUCAUGAAGCAAAUUCAGAAAAAUAAGGUGUACAAUCUUUUCAGCCAYGUCACAGUCCUUGCUCUGAGAAUACCAAUACCUGGCAUGCAGAAAUGCCCUUGAUACUGUUUCAGAGAAAAUUCUCCAGGCUCUUUCUGGAGAAUUAAACUGGAUUUUGACAACUUCAUUCACAAAAAUACUAAACAAAGGACGAGUGCUUUUCACUACAAAUGAAGUUGUGAUUCAUACCUGAAAAAAACAUGGCAGUAGGCUAUCUCUAUAUAAAAACAUGAUACAGCCAACUCCUCAUUGAAAUUCUCUCUGAUGAACUUUAUAUUAUAGAUGAUGCAGAAUUAUCUGCCAAAAUCCACAGCUUGAUUUUUUCAAGUCAGACUGUCUCUCUGAGUGUGCUCAUCCCUCCUUGUGCUGCUCUCUGAGGUUUAAUUCCUUGGCAGCAGAAACCCACUGGGUUCUCCACUAAUGUGGAAUGACAGGCAGGUCCCAAAAGGGGGAAUGAAGGCAGCUUGUGACCACCUUCCCUGGGAAUAAGAUCAACGGGUAUGUCCAUUCCUCACUUCCUUUUCCUUGCCCUCACAAUCCUACCUACAAAACCUGUUUCAGAGAUUUGAGGUUUAAGGGAUUAAGUUCACAGGUGCCACAGGACAUGCAGUGAAGAGGUCUUGCCACCUUGCAAUAUUUCUGCUCCCCACCCCUCUCACCUUCCUGUGGGCCUGGGGCAGCAUGGGAGCGAUUCCAGAAAUAAAAUUCCUGCGCAACUGAAGUCAAAGGGAAAUUUAUUGACUGUUACGGGGGCAGGAUUUCAUUCCACGUUGGCAUCUAAAAAUAAAGUCUGACAGUAAGAACACUGACUUAAAUGAUGGCAACAAUAUAAGAACAAUACAGAAAARAUUUAAACCCAAGUACAAAUCAGUUUUAGCACUGAACUCACAAUUGGCAGAAAAUUAAUGCAAAUUUGUAAUUAAUUGGUUUAAGAGUGAAAUUUCUUUUGCUAAAAAAAAAAUAAAAAAAAAUUAAAUUAUCUCUACCGCUUUGACAAUAACCCAAUAACUUAUUUAAGGACUUGCUGUACUGCUGUCAGAAUUAUAUCGCUUUCAGAACAGAACAUCUGUUGUUGGUAGAUGGACUAGGAAYGCCAAAUAUAAUCUAGAGUUUAUUUUCCAAAUACAAUUCACAUUUUAUAUCCCAUGAGAAGUGCUCUUCACCUUUUUGAGCUUUCUUGGCUCAGAAGAAUUGAGCUGGUUUAUGUUCUUUGAUUUUGGUUGGGGUUUUUUUGGAGGGGGUUUGUCUGCCUUUUUUUGGGAAGAGUGGAGAGAAUAUGCCUGAAUAUGCUUUUCAAAGAGAAUGAUAAGGUUUUCCUCGGGAGUGUUACAAGUAUUCUUGUGUUUUUUCUGAAUUACCAUUUUAUCUAUAGAUGGUUAACACCAUCCAGUCUUUAAUCCAACAAAAGCAUCCCAUAUAUUAACAAAACUGAUUUGGAUGUGUUUGUCUGAAUUUUUUUUCCUGCUGCUUUUGGAGCCCUGCGAAUCUAAACAAGAAGCUCCCCAUUUUGAAUUUUCAUCUUUGUUUUGUAGCAAUGAGGCACUGUCAAAGAUAGCAAAUCAAUGCCACCGGGUUUCAGUCAUACUCUUCUGGCUAUAAACUGAAAAACAAGCAUAGACCAAGUAGAUAGAAUUUCUGUAUCCAGAAUUCCAACAUUCAGCAAACAAAUGAACAUUUUUGAUUGAAAAGCAUUUGGAACGGCAACUUGAUUAUGCAAUACAUCCUCUUUAUAUGAGUGUACUAUACAGAAACAGAAAUAUCAAUGAAAAUUAUUGCAAAAUAAGAUUUCCAAAACUUUAUAUGAAUUGUGAUAAUUUACUCCCAGAUAAGGGUAAAAGUAGCAGUAGAUCAGUGUAAUACUUACAGCUUCUUGCUUUGAGAAAGUUGUGGCUAUAGUGCUUAUACUCAUCAUCUGCAGGGGGUUGACAUUUACUCACUCAAAGAUUAAUUUUCAUUUUAGUGAGAUUUUAUGCUUACUAUUCUUUACAGAGCAUUUUCUGCUGCAGGAGAUGUGGUUUGUUUAUUAACCACCUACUUGCUGGCCACAGGAUUUCUGUCUUACUCCAUAAUCAAAUGUCCUUGCAUAUAAUCUCUAGAUUAUCAAAUGACAACUUCUUUUUCUUUAUUUUAUCUUUUUAAAAGAAAAUUAAGCAAUGAAUUAAAUAAGCUCUGAAGGAACUUUUUAUGAUAGUUUAAGGACAAAAAAUACAGUUUGCUGUAUUUUACCUUUAGCACAUUUAAACAAUUUUUUAAAUUGUACCUUCAAAAACAUGAGAAAAAAUUUGGUUUAAACAUAAAGAAGGUAAAAAACUGGAUGUAACCUCUUUAACAGAAUGUACCACAGUUCUUCUGUUUGCUGUGUUGACUUUGUUGUUUAUAAUGCAUUGCGUGAGCACAUUCACCAUGUACUGAAGUGUGUGUUUGUGUGUAAGGGGAGGGGGUAGAGGGAAAUCUUUUUAUGGAAAAAAAAGUUGUGAACAUAAACUAUGAAACAACAUCUAAUGAAAAGUUUCUUUUUAAGUGCAAUAUAUUUAUUUCUGCUAGAAAUAUAAUAUCAACAUUAUGUAAUAUUUGAAGCAUUAAAUGUUAUUUGUAAACAGCUUAAAAUUAUAUAUAUAUCACAAAAACUGUACAGAAGUGCAAAAUGUGUGGAUAUUCAGUUUCUUUCAU